GGUCUACGAAGCGUUGAUUACACUAGAAAGGGGAUAAUAGUCAGGUGUUGGUGAUCUACUCUGUACCGGUUAGACACCUUUCAGUUUUAAAAUGAUGAAAGGAAACUCUUGUAGUGGUAGUUAUAGUUGUUAUGGUUGAUGAAUGUUCAAUGUUUUCUUUACAUAGAUAUUUUCAUUCUUGAGCUUCUGGAAAGGUUCAUUUUUUCAUUUUAUUUUCAUACUAAGUAUGCAAAAAAAAAAAACAGAAGUUGAAGGUACUUUUAUAAAUCAUUCAAUCAUUAAGUAGAAGGUAAUCAGAUUUGCGUUGAAUACAAACAUAGGAAGGAUAAAAUAAUGUUUUUUAACUAAAAAUUAUGACAUGUUAAACUAAUCUAUUUACUUCCGCAUUACUUUCUUUGUGUGUUAGUCUUAUGUCUUUGUGUUUGGGCGCGUAUUGUUGUUUAUACUAGAUAAAUCAAAAAAUCAAGCCUCUCUGAGCUACACUACUUGUUUUUACUUUUCGUUUUCGUUUUCCUUCCCUUUUUUUCCCAUUCGCAUGAAUUCAUAUGUUUCUUUUCUUCUUUUUAUAUUCUCUCAUCCUUUUCUCCAUUUUCCUCUUCAUUCUCUUUGGGGUAAUAUCGGUCUAAAAUAUUAUUGCGUUAUAUAUCUCUAUAUAUAAUUAUUAUCCCUUUUAUGAUGAUCCCGUACAUGGUUUCAAUCUACUUGCACUUUUUCCAAUAGCCUGCUUUACACUCAUACAUCCAUCCAUUGUUACACACACACAGAGUACCUAUUACCAUUGGAGCAUACCCCCCCCCCCCCCCCUGUCCUCUUCCGCCUUACCUACCGAAGAUCGCCUUUCCUUUUGUGAUACAACCUCCCAUGCUCCGCCGAACCCUCCCCUUUGCCUUUGGCUUUCCCAAAUGCCCCCCUAUCCUCAAUGAGCCCAUGGACAACUUCGAGCCCGGCUCGGUCUCGGCCAAAGGGGUUUUGGAGGCCUGCAAGCGCUACCGUGAGACGGUUACGGAGUGCCCCAUCAUCAUCGGGGGGAAGCCCUACACCUCCUCUAACGCGUUUGAUCGCGUUAUUCCCAGUGACCACGGCGUGAAGCUCGCACGGAGCUACUUCGCCUGCCCGAAGCUCGCGAAAAAGGCGGUGGAUACCGCCUUGGUGGCGUUUAAGGAGUGGAGCCAUGUCCCGUUCCGAGAAAGGGCCGCCAUUUUCUACAAAGCUGCUCACUUGAUCGCAACCAAGUAUCGCAAUGAUCUACGCGCGGCCACCAUGCUGGGGCAGUCUAAGAAUCCAUGGCAGGCGGAGAUCGACUGCGUGGCGGAGUCCUGCGAUUUCUUGCGUUGGGGUAUUCAUUUUGCCUCAGAGCUCUACUCCAAUCAGCCACACUCAGUGGGUAAUUCGGGGGUGUGGAACAGUACGGAAUACAGGCCAGUAGAGGGAUUUUGGUCUGCCAUUACCCCCUUUAACUUCACCGCCAUUGCCGCAAACCUCGUGGGGGCCCCGGCGCUGAUGGGAAAUGUGGCCAUAUGGAAGCCGUCGCCGAACGCUGUGCUGUCGAAUUAUUUAAUUCUGAAGAUUUUUGAGGAGGCAGGGCUUCCUCCAGGCGUCAUCAAUUUUCUCCCCUGUGAGCCCGAGGUGAUGGACCAGGUGGUCAACUCAGAUCCGCGCCUAGCUGGUGUUGUCUUUACCGGCUCCACUAAGGUGUUUAGUGAGAUUAACAAGAAUGUGUACAGCCGAAUCGAUACUUACAAAAACUUCCCUCGUAUUUCUGGAGAGUCUGGCGGUAAGGAUUUCCACCUGAUUCAUCCUUCCGCGAAUAUCAAGCUGGCCGUCGCCAACACCAUCCGAGGUGCAUUUGAAUACCAAGGCCAGAAGUGUAGUGCAUGUUCGCGGGCAUACGUCCCCAAAAGCAAAUGGGGAGAGUUUAAGGAAUUGUUCCUAAAGGGUCAUAAACAAAUUAAGAUGGGCCAACCUGAUGAUCUGAGCUCGUUCAUGUGUGCGGUUAUCGACAAAGCAGCUUUUGAAAAGCACCAAAAAUAUAUUGAUAUCGCCAAGAAUAAUUCAGAUGUUUACACCAUCCUGGCGGGUGGCAAUUGCAAUGGUACGAAGGGCUAUUUUGUCGACCCAACGAUUAUCGAAACCAAAGACCCACGGUCCCAGCUUAUGCGUGAGGAAAUCUUCGGCCCCGUGCUCACUGUAUUCGUCUACGACGACAGUACUCCAGGCUUUUGGAAGGAUAUAUGUGAGCUUGUGGACACCACGACCGUUUAUGGUCUUACCGGCAGCAUCUUUGCGCAUGAUCGCGCUUCAAUUCAAGAAGCCACCAAAUACCUUCGCUACACAGCUGGAAACUUUUAUAUUAACGACAAAUGUACAGGCGCUGUUGUUGGGCAGCAGCCUUUUGGUGGGGCAAAACUCAGCGGCUCUAAUGACAAGCCCGGAAGCGCUCAGUUCAUGCUGCGUUUUGUCUCGGCGCGAACUAUUAAGGAAAACUUCAGUGUUGCGCCCGAUAUUUCGUAUCCACAUCAACUCCCUGACAUAUAUCAAUUGUAG